AUGGCCACACUUCCUCUCAUCCAAGUAUGGAGCGACAAAGAUCUAAUCAGUGAAAGCACCUGGCAGGUCUCACAUAUCUCGUACUGGGAAGAAUACCGAUGGCAAUCGGUUGACUUGACCAUCACCAACCUUCGUCAGCACAAAACACCAACUGCUAACGAGGGUCUACGACUCAUUCUGGUCGAAGAGGGGACAUCAACGCCUCUGAAGCCAGGAUCCUUGGGGUCAAAUGAGGCCCAUGACUUCUUGCUCCAGACACUCUUGGUACCCGUAACUCAGGGUCAAGUCCGUCUCAUCAAACUUAUCGUGCCACGAUCAACUGGCUACAUUGCGCGAUCGGAUAUCAUUCCUCUGCGCCUCCACGACUGUCCACAUGUGGAAUCUGUUAGAUCCUUUGCUCAACCUCUUCAAGCUUACAACGAAUCAGCCACCCCAGCAAUCGUAUUCGACAAGAAGGAAAUCAGCUUAUUAGGCAUAUUCAGGGAAUCUGCAGCAGGUCUCUUAGUCUUAUCGUACCCCAACUCCGACCUGCAGGUCAUCUCAUCUGAGCUUGAACAAGAGCUAGGCAAUCGACUGUCAUUCCACUGGCUCAUUCACGAGACACCCCGUGAGCGGAGUCUUGUUCUCGUUGAAGCAAACAGCUCUCAUCCCGAAGAUGGACUUGGCCUCUACACAGCAGCCAAAGCCCUGGGUAUCAAGCUGGUGGUCUUGGAUGAAGCUGAUCAUUGGCUCGCCAGUCACGAGGGAGAUGACUUUCGUGAGGCAUUUAUGCCAAUAACGCUCACCAAUCCGCCCAAGUCUGAACUUACAGACCACAUUCUCACUGCUCUAAAGUCCUACGGCAAGCCUAUCGAUGGUAUCAUGACAUGCGCGGAUACGUACUGGCCUUUUGUCGCUGAGGCGGCUAUAGCUUUGGGUCUUCCUGCAGCGUCACCAGAGGCUUUCGAGAUCGCCACCAACAAGUACAAGACCAGCGUUUUUGCUGGCCAUCGAGCACAUCACGCCUCCAGCCCCGAAGAAGCCGCUCUGAUAGCUCAGAGGGACGACUUAUCUUACCCCCUAAUUGCCAAACCAUGUGGAGGAUGGAGUUCCGAGGCAGUCUAUCGUGUUGACUCCCGCGAUGCUUUGGAAACGGCCAUUAGUGCGAUCUUCUCAUCUCGACAUGGCCAUGAGCUUGUGAUUGAGCCAUACUGUGACGGACCUGAAGUUGACGUUAAUCUCGUCCUGCAAGAUGGAAAACUCCUCUUCUUUGAAGUUUGCGACGACUUGCCCAAAUCAGCGGAUGUCAAUGGGCCAAAGGUUGGAUCACUGUCUACUUUUCACGAACUUUGCAGCGUUUACCCAUCUAAGCUGCCGAAACCUGAGAUUGAGCUAUUACGCGAUACCUUUGUGGAUAUCUUGCUGUCACUCGGACUUCGCAGUGGUGUGUUCCAUCUCGAAGGGCGCGUAGAGAACUCUACAGUAGAGUACAAGGAGCAAGCCAACGGUAACAUGGAGCUCACCGCAAGUGAGGUGCAGAAUGGCCAAGCCAAGGAGCCAAAAGCAUGGCUUAUUGAGAUCAAUCCUCGUCCUUUGGGGAUGACCGGCUCUCAAAUCAUUGAGCACACGUACGGUAUCGACUACUGGGGUCUGGCUCUCCUACUCACCGUCAACGACACCACUCGCUCUCGCGCACUUGCUCUUCCCUUCAAAACUGGUCCUCAGUACACCAGUGCAAUGGUAUUCAUCCCCGCCGACUUUCCGUCAUCUUGUCAGGGGGUCUUUGACUCGGAUGACAUUUGCAAAGAGUUGUUCUCACGCAGACCUGAUCUCGAAGCAUUUGUGAGUCGGUGUGGAUGUUUGAUCAAGCGCGGACAGAAAGUUCCUCAUCCCAGUGAAGGACGUAACACGUUUGUUGCUUACUUCAAUGUCUUUUCUCGAAGGGGUCGUCAAGAGGCGAUGGAUAUUGCAAGACAGGUACGAGAGGAAGUCCGGUACCAGUUCAAGUAG